GCCUAGAGAUAAAUACGGAUCAAAAGAAGAGAAAAGAAUAGCUCAAAGUUUCUGUAUAUAUUUUAUUAUCAGUUGGAAGAAAGAAUAGAAGAAUUGUGUAAGGCAUUGAGAAGAAAAAAGUAAGAAGGAAAAAUGGCAAGGACAGUGGCAAGAAGCUUAGCAGGACCAUUGUUGUUUUUAAACUUACUAAUGUAUCUUAUCACUUUGGGUUUUGCUAGUUGGUGUCUCAACAAAUUUAUCAAUGGCCAAACCAAUCAUCCUAGUUUCGGAGGAAACGGAGCGACAAUGUUCUUCCUAAUAUUCGCGAUAUUAGCAUCGGUGUUGGGAAUAAUAUCGAAGCUGCUAGGUGCAAAUCAUCUAAGGGCAUGGAGAAAUGACAGUCUUGCUGCAGCUGGUUCCUCUGCUAUAAUAGCAUGGGCUGUAACUGCACUUGCAUUCGGAUUGGCAUGCAAGCAGAUAAACAUAGGAGGAUGGAGAGGAUGGAGGCUAAGAGUUCUUGAAGGUUUUACUAUAGUUCUUGGAAUCACUGAACUACUUUAUGUUCUCAUGCUUCAUGCUGGAUGGUUCAACAGUACCUACGGUCCAGGCUACAGGGAUAAUGAGUACGGCGUCGGUGCACCACAUGGCGGAGCCGGAGUAGGAGAGAAGGGUACCGGUUACACCGGAGCUAGGGUGUAGUUUGGUUCUAGUUUAAGUUCAUGUUUGUACGUCGUGAGAAUUUUGUGUAAGCUGGAUAUUAUAGUGUUUAGAUUUGGGCUCUUUUGGGUACUGAACUAUGUUUGUUAAAAUAUUUAUUUGGAUGUUUUAUUGUGCUUUUAAA